GAGAGGGCUGGGAUGAUGGGGGGGUUGACGAAGCUUAAUUAACCGUUACUCUCUCCUCUUGCUGUAGAAUGAAGAUGAGACGUCAUCGCAUUGUGUUGGUGCUGUUAAUGGCCGGCCUGUGUCUCAUCUCCUUCAUGCACUUCCUCAAGGCCUUGUCCUACAUCACCUUUUCCAGGGAGUUGUCCAGCUUCACGCCUUCGCUCCGCUCCAUCUUUGUGGACUCCCAGUUCCUGUGGAAGGAGAGCGUGGCCUUGCGAGAGGCCGAGACGGAGCCCGCCCCCCUCUCAGCCCUGCCCCCCUCGCCCCCGCCCGGCUCCGAGGAGCCCUACCGUGCCACGUUCCACAUGCGGGACGAGCGCACGGAGUACUUUGUCCGCACCAGGGCGGGGGCGGUCUGCUUCAAGCACGGCACCAAGCGGGAGGUGCGUUCGAUGACGGGCUCGGCGGAGGAGGGCAGGGGGCCUUCGAACAGGCAGCCCACACGCCGGGCGCAAGCCAGGCAAGGGCGGCGGAGGCGUUGGGUGGGGUGCGUGUGCAGGCCGGGCUGGCACGGGCCAAGCUGCGGGGUGCCCACCCUGGUGCAGUAUUCCAACCUGCCCACCAAGGACCGUCUGAGCCCCCGACGGGUGCCCAGGAGACUGAUCAACGCUAUCAACAUCAACCACGAGUUCGACCUGUUGAACGUCAGGUUCCACGAGCUGGGGGACGUGGUGGACGUCUUCAUGGUCUGCGAGUCCAACUUCACGGCCUAUGGCGACCCCAAACCCCUGCUUUUCCUGGAGAUGCUGAGGAACGGGACCUACGACCAGAUCCGGCACAAGGUCCUCUACGUGUUCCUCGACCACUUCCCGAGCGGCGGCCGGCAGGACGGCUGGAUCGCCGACGACUACCUCCGCACCUUCCUGACCCGGGACGGGCUGCGGAGGAUGGUGGGCGUGCGGGCGGACGAUAUCUUCGUCAUCAACGACGCCGACGAGAUCCCGGCCCGUGACGGCCUCCUCUUCCUCAAGCUCUUCGACGGCUGGACCGAACCCUUCGGCUUCCACCUGCGCAAGUCGCUCUACGGGUUCUUCUGGAAGCAGCCGGGGACGCUGGAGGUGGUGGCGGGCUGCACGGUUGGGAUGCUGAGGUCCGUGUACGAGGGAGACGGGAUCAAACUUCGGAGGCGGGAAUACUACCUGAUGCCCAGUUUCCGCCAAUACGAGAACGCAACGGGGCACAUUUUGGUACAAUGGUCUCUUGGCAGUGCCCUCCACUUUGCCGGUUGGCAUUGCUCCUGGUGCUUUACCCCCGAGGGCAUCAGGCACAAACUGGUGUCCGCCCAAAAUGGGGACUUCCCUCGCUGGGGGAACUAUCAGGAGAAACGGGAACUUAGUUACAUCCGGGAGCUGAUACAGACCGGUGGGUGGUUUGACGGUACUCUUCAAGAAUACCCCCCGGCUGACCCCAAAGAGCAGAUGUACGCACCCAAGUAUCUCCUCAAGAACUUUGACAAGUACCGUUAUAUCCUAGAGAACCCUUACAGGAACGAAGGAGCCGAGUCCAGAGACCUGAUGGCCUCCAACGGGAGUUCGCUCCUCACUCAGCUCCCGCCCCAAGUUCCGAUGGUGUGACCCAUCUGGAUGGCUGAGUGCUUGUCAUGAGACACCAGAAGU